UUGUUUUCUCUUUUUUUAUCAAACUAAAAAGAUUCCUCUGUCUAGUGCACAUGUGAUAACUAUCCAAAUUUGUGUUUCAUAGGAAUCAUAGGUCAAUGAUUUCCUCAGCACAUGUGUUUAAUUUGUGAAUGUGUAUUUUCUAGUCUGUUAUGAUUCUUCAUUGCAAGGUAAAUGUGAUCAUGCCUGUUUGAUCGACUCUCUUCAGUGCCUUCUCUGUGCGUCCAAAUUAUUCCAUUUUUCCUGAGUAUCUUCAAAAAGAAAAAUUUCAGUGAUGUCGGUCGGCUACAAGUUGAAAAGCCUCCUGAACUCCGGUUCAAUCAGGCUAUUCUCGUCGGUAUCUGAUGUUUCCCAAAGAAGUGUUUCCAACCCGAAAACUGGUAUCUUAAUGCUGAACAUGGGAGGGCCGCAACACACAGAUGAUGUUGGUGAAUAUCUCUUACGAAUUAUGACAGACAGAGAUAUGAUUCAACUACCCGUUCAAAGUCAGCUGGGGCCCUUUAUUGCCAAAAGAAGGACGCCUGAUGUCCAGAAGAAGUAUCAAGAAAUCGGUGGAGGAUCUCCAAUUCUGAAAUGGACUCAAAAGCAAGGAAAUCUGUUGUGCGACAAGCUUGAUAAAGUCUCCCCCAAUACUGGACCUCACAAGUAUUAUGUUGGGUUUAGGUAUGCAAAUCCUUUGACGGAUCUAGCUCUAAGAGAAAUUGAAAAUGAUGGAGUAGAGAGAGUUUUGAUUUUUUCUCAGUAUCCCCAGUAUAGUUGUGCUACUACUGGCUCUAGUUUGAAUCACAUCUUUUCUUAUUAUUCUAACAAUAAGCUGCCCUCAAACAUCAAGUGGAGCUUGAUUGAUCGCUGGUCUACUCAUCCAUUACUUUUCAAAACAUUUGCUGACCGAAUUAAGUCAGAACUUGAUCAAUUCCCCGCGGAUCAGAGGAAAGAUGUUUUCAUCGUAUUUUCUGCUCACUCUUUGCCACUCAGGGCUGUCAAUAGAGGUGAUCCGUAUCCUUAUGAAGUUGGUGCUACUGUUCAAGGUGUUAUGAAAGAGCUAAACUACUGUAAUCCGUACAGUUUGGUGUGGCAAUCUAAAGUCGGACCUUUACCUUGGCUUGGACCAUUCACUGAUGAAGCCCUAGAGGGUUACGCAAAACAGGGGAAGAAAAACUUCCUUCUGGUACCUAUAGCAUUUGUGAAUGAGCACAUAGAAACUCUUCAUGAGAUGGACAUUGAGUAUGGCCAUGAUCUUGGGAAAAAAUUGGGACUUACGAUUCGAAGGGUUGCUGCUCCCAAUGACCAUCCACUUUUCAUUGAUGCUUUAUCAGACAUUAUAGUUUCUCAUAUGAAAGAUGGCCCUCGAAUUUCUCCUAAAUUUUUAACAAGAUGCCCUCACUGUAUUAAUAUCAAAUGCCAUAAUUCUAAGCAAUGGUAUGCCAAAUUAUGUGCUUGACUGAUGUUGGUUGAGUCUACCACUUUGUCCAACAGCCUGUAAGCCUCUGGGCCAGCUAGUUUUGUUUUCAUUUUUCCAAUUUUUAUAUUUAUUGAAAUAAAUUGUUUAAUUUUUGGUCAA